AUGCCAUCCCAAGACUUCACCCAAAUCCCCAUCAUCGAUCUCUCAUCCUCCACCCCUCAAACCCUCUCUAAUCUCCGCACCGCCCUCACAGAAAUCGGCUUCCUCUACAUCUCCAACCACUCCGUCCCCACGUCCACAAUAACAUCCCUCAUCAACAUCCUCCCUCAACUCUUUUCUCUCUCCGCCGAAGCCAAACAAGAAAUCGCUUUAGAAAACUCCCCUCAUUUUCUAGGCUACAGUGCCGCAGGGACGGAAACUACAGCUGGUAAAGCUGAUCUGAGAGAACAAGUUGAACAUGCGACGGAACUUGUUAAAGCACCUGAUGAUGCGCCGUUGUAUGAUAGGUUGAAGGGCCCGAAUCAAUGGCCAUCUGCUCUUCCAGAGUUGAAGACUGUUGUUACGAGGUAUAUUGAGGAACUUACACUCUUGGGAGAACGGCUUUUGAGACUUGUUGCGCGAGCUCUUGAUCUUCCGGAAGAGGUUUUCUUCUCGUACUUAUCCGAUCAACAUCGUCUUAAAUUGGUCCAUUACCCUGCAUCAACAACUUCAUCGCAAGGCGUCGGCCCUCAUAAAGAUUCAUCAGGAUGGUGGACUUUUCUUCUCCAAGCAUCCCCCGAAGUUAACGGCCUUCAAGUCCUAAACAAAUCCGGCUCAUGGAUCGACGUCCCCGCUAUUCCGGACACUUUUGUCGUCAACAUCGGACAAGCGUUUGAAGUUGUGACCAACGGCAUGGCACUCGAAUUACCCGCGCGACAGACCUUUACAGCCCUCAGCGGCAAUGUAUACUCAUACACCUUCAUCCCUCCAACCUCCCAACCCACAACUCUUCUCUUCCUCCACGGCUUCCCGUCAACCCUCACAGACUGGAUCCAUCAAAUUCGACACUUCUCUUCCGAGGGAUAUGGCGUCGUAGCUCUCGAUCUUCUCGGCUACGGCGAAAGUAGCAAGCCGACAGAUGUAAACGCGUAUCGCCUCAAACCAAUGAGCGAUGAGGUCAUUGAACUUCUCGACCAUCUGAACCUCAAGACUGUCGUUGGAAUUGGCCAUGAUUUCGGCGCGACACUACUAUCGAGAAUGGCGGCUUAUUACCCAUCGCGCUGGGAAUCUCUCGUCUUUCUGGCUGUUGGACCGCCGAAGCUUGGGACGCCAUUUGAUGUUGACAUGAUCAAUACCAUAACCAAGCAGUUUCUGGGGUAUGAGAUGCUCGGAUACAUCCCAUGGCUAGCCGACUUCAGCUCGCAACAGAUUCUUGAGAAGAAUGCCGAGGCGGCCAUGAGUCUGGUGUUUUGCCGCGAUCGGGAGGAGUGGGAGACGUGGUUUCAUCCUCUUGGCAAGAUGGAGGAGUUUGUACGCGAUGAUCACAGACUCCCAAUCGCAUCAUGGUACACUGAUGAUCUGCAACAAGCACAUAUAAAGGCAUUUGGUUCGACUGAUGGGUAUAAAGGCGUGUGUCGAUGGUAUCGCAUGUGGAAAGACAACCUCUUCGCCCCCGACGAAAAAGGCUUUGAAGACUUUCAGAUCACACAACCCGUUCUCUUCAUCGUCCCUUCAGAACCCAAACAAUCCGCGACCCAACAACAACAAAUGAUUUCAUCCUGGACACCCCAUCUUCAAACCGUCACGUUGAAUACUAGCCACUGGAUCCAUAUCCAACAACCCUCCGAAACCAACACCACGAUCCAAAUCUUCCUCACCUCACGCAGGGAGACUUAACUGCUCAGGCCUCAACCAAUCAAACGUAUCCAAAAGAUCAAAAUUAAAGUCCAACUGCGUCGGAAUAUCCCAACCUAGCGUAUCCAGCGCUCCUCCACCUGCAAUAGGCGCAUUGAGGUUGUGAUCGAGUACACCUUGUAUAACAGCUUUGCAGUCCGCGCAGAGAUCGGCGUUGGGAGCGGGUGGACG